GUAUGGGUAUGUAAUUAGGUAGUCAGUCGGGAUAGUGGCUCUGACUGACAAUAUAGAAUCAGUGCAAAAGUAAAUAAUUGUGUUAUUUAAAUACGUGUUUAGUUGCCCAAUGAUUGCACUGUAAAUAGGAUUAGCGCCCUUCCCUAGUGAUGAAUACUCUGAAGGCACCGUCUCUGCAGUCCCUCGAAUCAGAUCGAGGAUCUAGCGAUAGUCUCCUGGCGGAGUCUCUUGAUUUUGAUAUCGAAGAUCUUGACGAUGCGGAGUACUCCUUGCCAGCUGUGGAGACGAUGCCAACUCUGGAGAGUGUUCUGAAUGAUUUGGACUUUGACGAUGGAUCAACUUCCGACUUAGGCAUACCUGUUACCCCUUCCCCAUCUGUUUCCAUAUCAAUGGAAGAUCAGCCUAGAAUUGGCUCUCUUCUGCGCCAUGUAGUCCUCCAGGGAGUCACCACACAAGUGUCUUCAGCAGCUGAUCGAGUUGGAGCAGGAUUAGCUUCUUCUGUGGCUGUGCAGGAUAUGAUAGCUGUAGGAACAUCUCAUGGUCAUAUCCUUGCCUUUGACAUCAACCAGACUCUUCGAUGGUGUUGUCGGGAUCACACAGCCCAGGGAGCGGUUUCUGCUCUGGCCUUCAAUGAUAACAGCACGCGUCUCUUAGCCGGAUAUGCCCGUGGCCACAUUGUGAUGAUCGACACAACCAGUGGCGAUACCAUUAGAUCCCUGCCUGAUGUCAUAACGCCAAAUUCUGGCGUUUUGCAUAUCAAGUGGAUUGGCAAAGGAGCUCUGUGCUCAGACUCCGGAGGUUCAGUGUGGUCCCUGAACUUCACUCGACGACUAGGGAUUCGAGGUUGCGACUCUCGGUGCCUCUUCAGUGGUGCUCGUGGAGAAGUGUGCAGCAUUGAGCCCUUGGUGGUCAAUGAGAUAGACCAUCCUCUCAAAGCAUUCACAAUUGUUGCUCUGGCCACCCUUUCGAAGUUCUUCGUCGUCACAAUUCGUCCACGGCUGAAGAUUGUAAAAUUCCAAGCACUAGCUGGUCCAGCAGACUGCCUUCCCCUCCUUGCAUGGCAGAUGGUGCUUAUUCAGGCCGCAGAUGCCUCUAGAACAAUCGAUCCCGUCCUGGCUGCUGCACGUGGCAAUCAACUGUUUUUUCACCAGGUUACUGCGAGUUCUGGCAGAGUUUCUCUACUAUUUCUGCGCCACAUCACACUUUCCUACAGCCUACUGUCGCUUCACUGGUUAGGACCAAAAUCAAUUGGUGCUGUUGACCGAUCAGAAGUGCUCCAUUUGAUGGAUGUUCGCACGAACAAAGAGUUAGACUGUCUGGACAUGGCUUCAGCGGGAUUAGUGUACAAUUCAGCUCAGUUCAAAGCUCUGGCAACCGGUGGAAAUGUUUCUCCAGCAUUAGCCCUCGCUGGAUCAAUGGCAUGCUAUAAUUCGAUUGUCAGCCGUGGGAAUUUGCUAUACAUCCUCGGAGCACGUAGUCUCCAAGCAGUGAGCAUUAGAGCCUGGGUAGAUAGAAUAUCACAUUUGGUGGCAAAUCAGAAAUGGGCUGAAGCCAUUGAUCUGGCCAUCGACGGUUACAGAUCGUUCAGAGAACGACCGAGGCGUCAGGCCGUGACAAAGUCCCGGAUAUUGCAACUCAUUGAGGAGUAUAUUGCUGGAACGACUCGCAAUCCCGAGCACUGCUUAGAUGCUGUGAUGAAAUGUCUCAUUGAAAUAGGGGAAAUUGAUUUAUUGUGGGAAGAACUUUGGGAUCGCCUGACCAACACAGAUUAUUUUCUCAGUCUUCUCACUGAAUAUGUUGAAAGUGGUGAGAUUACAAAAGUGUCUCCGUGUGUGGCACAGAGUCUCUGUGAAUACUGGCUUAAUAUCUCACCACAGAGGCUGGAGGAGUUGAUUUUGCGAUUGGAUUGGCAGUGCCUAGAUCUCCAUCAAGUAUUAACAAUUGCCAAGAGGGAAAAGCUCUAUAGGGCACAAAUGCAUCUCAAUACAAAAGCUCUUGGAGACUAUACAGUUUCUCUGACUGAACUCAUUCCUCUCAUUAAUCAGAGUAAUCCUAUCCUGGGAAAUUGUCUCUUGGUAUAUGUGUCCAGUUGCCUGGCUGGCAGGAGCUAUCCUACUGGUGAUAUUGAUCCAUCAAUGGUGCUUACUGUUAAGCACGAAGUACUGCGAUGUCUCACUACAAUCCAUUCAAAUAGAGCUGAUGACAGUGAAUUGUCGUAUCCUUAUUUGAGGGCUCUCCUGAAUUUUGAUAUCCGAGAAACGCUCAAUGUGAUUUCUCUGGCGUUUCAGGAAAAGGAGUUUUCUGGUGAACUUGGAGCAUCUCAUCGGCAGCGAAUUGUUAAUAUUCUGCUGGAAAUUGUUAGUCCAGAGCACGCUUCUGCCAUGGAGAUUGGUUGUUUGUUUCACUUUAUCGCUCAGCAAAUUGCAUCUCGGAGUCUGCCGGAGGAUGAGACGAUGCUGGAGAGUGUUAUGAAUUAUCUGCAAAUGCCGCAGAAUGAAAGCAGUAGGCAACAUUUUGAGCGGGAACAGGCUUGGCUGGAACUCUUAGCAGCUGACUGCCUAAAUCACAUUCCACUUCAUGAGAUGAUGCGAAUGGCCGAACAAAGUCACUGUCACCGGGUCACGGAGUAUUUGUACGAGCAGAGUCAGAGGUACGAUGAUAUUCUCCAGUGCUACCUCAGAGAUUCCAUUCGACACGAAGAGAUGUUCACCUACAUUCGGCGAUUUGCAUCAGUGCCCAAUAGAAAGAUCUAUCGCCAGAUUUAUGAUCAUUUUAACCAGCUUCUGAACAUCAAUGCUGAGGAAACUGUUCGAGUGAUUGUAGAAAGUUUUGGAUCCCAUGUCAAUUCUCUGAUCAAACUAGUGAGUGGAAAUAAGAAGCAACUCUAUGGAUUGCUGGACAAUCUCCUAAAAACUGGUUGGCCACUUGAGGCUGAAGAUUGUGAAGCCUAUGUCGGUCUCCUGUGUCAAUUCAAUCCUGAAAAUGUGGAAUCCUUUCUGCGGUCCAAUGAUAAGUACCGUUUGGAUGUUGUCCUGGAGAUGGUGAAAACUUAUCAGCUGAAUGGAGCAUGUAUGUUGAUCCAUGAGAAGCAAGGUGAUUUUGAAUCUGCUUUCAAUAUUGCUCUGGAAUUACUCAAGGAGGCACCAGAGAGUGUGGCAGAAGCUACAGCAUUGCAAGUGUCAGCUCUCUGUUCUCGCGCUUCAGAGGUUCUGCCUGAGAAUGAGAGGGAAGAUUUGUGGUUUGCCUUGCUGCAUGUCAUCCUCACACGACCUGAUCUCACAUCAAUCACCAAAAAUAUUCUCCAUUCGGCUGGGAAUCAUGUGGAUUUGUCCAAACUCGUUCAACUUGUACUAACUUCUGGUACGAAAACGGGAAAUUUUGGGGAUAUCAAACACCUUUUGCUGGGAAUGCUGUCAAAUUCACAGUACGAAACCAUCCUCCUUCAAACGACAGCUCGCAUCCUCGGCACAGAUCUACAUAAUCUACUGGCCAAAGAGAAGAAAAUCGCUAGUCGGGGUCUGUGCGUUAAGUCUAUCAAAUGUGUCAUCUGUCGAUUGAGACUGAAGAGUCAGAAUCACGAUUCUAUAGUGAUUUUUGGGAAUUGUGGGCAUCCCGUCCAUGAGGAAUGUCUCUUAGAGUCCAAGACUGACGACCCAAACACUAUACAGUGUCCAAGAUGUGGGACAACAGUAGCCAAGAGUGAUAUGAUGCACGUCGCACAGCCCAAAUUGGAUAUUUCAUCGUAUCAAUCCCUAUCCAGCAAUCCUCUUCCUCCGGGAGUUCUUCAAUUGAGUGCUCCGCCGAGGGUAGGAUUGUGAAACAGUAGUUUCUAAAGACAUUCACCAGUUAUUUCAAAAGUUUCAUUUAGAUAAAAUAAAAUAAUUGUUGACAAUCUGAA